UUUCCCACCUCUCUACUUGUGUUUCUCGCGCUCCUUCUCUUCCUUCUUCCACAGCCGUCUGCCGCCGGUAUCACGGCGGAGGAACCCGGCGGGUUCCGAUCGCCCCUUUUCUUCCUCCUUCGUCAUCCCUUUUUUAGCCCUUUUGUCUGCGGCCCAUCUGGUAACUCGUUUACUAUCUUCGGGCCUUUUCUUGGCCUCGUCUCCUUUAUCGAUCUUGAUCGCACCAAGCUGACGUGGCGAGAGGCGGAGGCCCACCGAUGUCGAUCCGCGCACCGAAACCUGGCGUGCUGGGAAAGCGGAAGGACCGCGAGCCGUCCGACUCAACCCGCACGCAAUCCCUGAGCAAACCCGAGCCGCAUCUGCCGGACGCGGCCACGGCGGCUCGGCCCACGCCGGUCGGGGACAACCGGCUACUGGCCGGACUCCUGGCGCAAGAGUUCCUCACCCGGGGAACGCUCUUCGGGAAGCGGUGGGGAGGGGGUAAGGGCUCCGACCCGGCCCGGCCGCCAGGCGGCACCGAGGAGGGCCCGGCCAGGCCGGGUCGGCUGGGGUACGCCGAGGUGUCCUACCUGCUGAAGUCGGACGCGGCCCAUAUACCGGGCGUCGUCAACCCCACCCAGCUCGCCCGCUGGCUUCAGUUGUGAGUGAGGAUGAGGUUGUCCCCGACGCGGUCCGCUGGUGGGUUUCCCUGUGCGCGCAUUAGCCUCCUUCCUCGAUGUGGUGAGUGACCCAAAACCACCCCGCCCAUGAAAGGACAAUAAAAGGUAAGCCUUUGACAUUGGUGGGCGUUCUUUUUCUUUUCCCUCAUUUUGAUUUCCAUGACCCCUCUCUCUCUCUCUCUCUCUCUCUCUUCUUGAUUUGCUUGAUCGCUGUAACUAUUCAUGACGGCCUAAUGGCUGGAUUUGACGAUGGUUUUGCUUGCCUUGUCGUCUUCGUUUCCUUCGGCGAUACUCCUGAAUCAUUGUGUUGUGUGUUGUGGAACUCGUACUAAAUUCUGUAGCAGCGUGUGUGUUUCUUCCCAUGCGCGCUUUUACUGUAUGCAACGGUCCAUGGCAUAGAACUGCUAUUUUGUA